CACUCUUUUCAGACAAUUUCCGCAGGAAUUUCUUCUGUGUGUUUUUUUGGUUAUUUCGAGGGUCUUUCUCCUUUCCUCUCAGAUGGUAAGGGGAGGGAAGGUUAGUGGCAGAAGCAAUUUCAGGAAAAGGGUUGGGUCAAAAGAUGAGGGUUCUGAUGAUUCGGAUGAAGAUUAUGUGGUUUCUGCAGAGGAAUAUGAAGUAAGUGAUGAUUCGGAGUACUGUUCUUUAGAUGAAUGUGCAUCAGAGGAGAGUUUUGCUGAUGGGGAUGAGGAGGAAAAGAAAGAGGUGAGAAAGGUCGUUUGGCCGAGGGUAAGGCGUGGAUCUUUUGCUAAGGAGAAAGUUGGAGAUAAGACAUCACAAAAGAGAAGACGGUUGACUUGUGAAGAAGAGGAUGAUGAGGAUUAUGAGGGGGAGAAGGAGGAGAGUUUAGGUAGUUUUGCUGAAGGGGAUGAGGAAGAAGAGAAAGAGAAAGAGGUGAGAGAGGUUGUUGGGACGACAGUAAGACGGGGUUCUUUUGCUAGGGAGA